AGUCAAAAGCAGCCCAGAAUCAGGAAGUAGGAUGCCGUGACAGACAUUAGUAGGCAGAAGGAAAUGGGCAACACCACCACACAAUGUCACUAUGUCUGCUGCUGCUCCUGUCCAUGGUAACACAAGGGCGAGAGGGAGGAGAGGCCACAGGGAAAUGACCCCAUCGUCGAUCAUGUUGCUGCUGGCUCUGACAGCCUGCCUGGCUGGGACUGUGUUCUGCCAGGGUGAUGAGGACACAAGUAUUGUUGAAGAAACACAAACAGAAAAUGAUGCUUGGUUCUCAGUGAUCCCAACUGUAAGUGAUGCUACCCCUACACCAGACUCAUACCUAUCAUCUGAGAGUCCUUCAGAGGGAUAUGAGACUGAAGCUGAAUCUGGUUCUGGAUUCAGUCCAGGUGUCAAUAUAGAAGGGGAGGAUCAUCCUAAAUCCUCUGAAGCACCACUGGAGGACAGUCUGAGUCUCACCUUCGUCCUGGUUCCUGUUGUGCUGGUGGUCGUGAUAAUCGCCAUGGUAGUGGGCGUAGUCAUAAUCAAGCGCAGAUGGAAUCGGAAAGGAAAGAGCAAUUCUGAUAACGUAGAAGAGGAUAAUUAUUUGCAUGGUAGCGAUGACACCGAAAAAGUUCCAAUGCCCAUGUUUGAGGAUGAUGUCCCCUCUGUGUUGGAGCUGGAGAUGGAAGACCUGGAACAGUGGAUGAAUAAAGAUGGUGGCGUUCGAAUGGACUCUGGACAAGGGAUCUAAUCAUGAGAUCAUGGCUAGUCCCUAAAGAGUCACGGAGUAAGUCAAUUCUCUCUCCCAACCGUCCUCUUGCUGUACUGCCGGUGACAAAGGACAUUUCCCCAUCGCAGGGAAGGACAUUCUGUUACCCAGCCGCACUGUAGGCUUCUUCUAUUCAUGUCAAUGUCAAAGCAACGUCAUCAACCGGCCACAUUGACAACAAGAAAGCAACACCUCCACCCAUGGUGACUGCAAAAAAACAGGAAAUGCUGAAUUUAUUUUCAAUUUCAGCAUAAACAAAAGACAAGAAACAAUAAAUGCACAAGUUAAAUGUAUUUAGAACGUAACAUCUUAAAAUCUGCGUCAAAUGUACUGUGGUAUAUAUAGACUCUAUGGAGAAACAGUGUGUGGCAAUAGUCCUUUCACUACACGGAUCCUGAUUGUGGUCGGCCUAAUAAUGAAUGCUUUUUGCAACGCCAUCAACUCAGUACAGUGCCUUUUUAGUCAUUGUUUCAAGUUCAUAUACACUUUUUAUGUGAUUGUUUUAUUGUCUUUUGUAUUCAGCUGUCAUGCAGUGAGAGAGGGAAUCAGUGAGAGAGGAAGGACUAAAACACAGGAGGUUGGUAGCACCUUUAUUGAGGAGGACAGGCUCGGGGUAAUGGCUGGAGCAGAAUGAGUGGAAUGGUAUCAAAUGCGUCAGACACUUGGUUUCCAUGCGUUUGAUGCCAUUCCAUUCGCUCUGUUCCAGCCAUUAUUAUGAGCUGUUCUCCCUUCAGCAGCCUCCUGUGGAGUAAAACGUGUAAAACUAUUACUGAAAGCGGGUGUCGGUAGCCAUGUUCUGACACCCAGACAACAAUAUUAGAACUUGACCUCCAAAGAUCCUACAGGCCCUCCCCUUUACAACAGAAACACAUAUUCCAUGCCCACAGUAAAGCCAGACCAGAUGGUAUAUAGCCUUAUUCCAACGGCCAGCUAACCCAGUCCCAUGAUAGAUAUGAUGGCUCAACAAAUGUUUAUGCUAAAGACUAGCUCGUGUCUCCUCCUCUCCUCUGCUCUGUCCCUUCUGGUUGUAGUACACAGACUGCAUGUGGAUCUAUCUCUCUGUCUCUCUCUCUCUCUCUGUCUCUCUCUCUCUCACAAACUCCGACUCUAAUUACCAAACCCUGUCUAUUGUUUCAUGCAUGAGAUAACUGAGAACUGCUGGUACACUGCUUUGCUUUGGUUCAUGCCCAUCACGCAAUGCUAAAGCUGUUUAGAAUUCAAGAGGGAUUCGGGAAGGUAAUUUCUGAGAGUGCAAAUUUCCGUUUGGUUGUUAUAUAUAGUGACUGUCUUGUGAUGUUUUGUUUUCCAUGAUUUUCUUUGAGAAACAGUAUUUCACAAUUACUGUCAUUACAUCCUAAGCAUGUAAUUCCUGUUGAUGGUACACUGUCUUUCAUUGGUUGAAUAUGUUUUUCUACAAAUUCUCGUCACAUCGAUGUAUAAAUGUUAUGCUCAGCUCUACGUGACAGUCAGUAUUUUGCAGUAACUUUCAUUGUAAAUAUGUGGAAGAUAUUUUUUUAACUCGCAUGUAUAUUUUUGAACUGUGUAUAUUGUGCUUGAUUUGAUACAAAUAUUAAUAUUUGCUUAUGGUCAUAGGAGUGAAUGUGGUCCCUCAAUCUCUGUUAGGUCCUCAUACUUGUCAGUAAUCCAAGUGUUAUAACUACUGCUGUAGUCAUUUCAAUAAGGAACCAACUGUCCUGCCAAUAUAUUUGUAAAUCAUCAAUAAAUCUGUGACGCGUUA